AUUGUUGGACUUUAAAGGGCGGCUCCAGGGCUUAAAAGAUGAAUGUGUAUGUUAAAUGUGUCAUUUGUGUAGUUGAAAUGUGAAAUAAUAUUUGAAUUUGGGGCUUCCUAGACUGAGAAAAGUCAGUAAAUGUAUUUUUGACUCAUGUGGAUGAACGACAACAACUCCCAGAAUGCACUUGCUUUGCUGCCCUUACGAGGCCACUCCCAAAGCACGCCCACAAGUUACAGGCGGCAGAAUCAGAAAGAUCGGCUAGACUUGCUGUGUUACAUCUUGACUCGUGAAUCUCGUAAAUCGUGUGUUAGUAAAUUCAUUUCCAUCGAAAUGGUGCUAAAUUGUGUUGUACAGGGAUGUACAACCAAAUCCAGGAAAGGACUAGAAGUAAGUUUCCAUCAUUUCCCGAUUAAAGAUUUGGAGCGAUGUAAGAAGUGGCUGCGGGCUAUCAACCACCCGAAGUUUGGAGAGGACACAGAUAUGGGAAACCUGAAAACGCGUAGAAUUUGCAGUCGCCAUUUCAAGGAGGAAGAUUACGAACCGAAUGUUCUUGGCAUGAAGAGAACCACUCUGAAAGACACGGCAAUUCCAUCUAUUUUUACCUUCCCGGAUGACGAACAGCCUGGGCCAUCGGGCAUUAAACGCAUUCGCUUAGAGCCUCCAAUUGCGUCUGCGCGGUUAGUGUCGUCGGAUGAUGAAGGAAAAUUGCUGCUGACCUCAACACCGGUCAAAAUUCCUACCUCCGUCCAUGAACAAUUUUCACCAUGCCCAAGUACACCUGGGGGCCUCAAUACCACCAUCAGCAGCAUUGAAGCUGUAGGUGAUGAUGAAAGCUAUCAACCCGAGUCAACCAUCACCUUCACAUCAACAUCAUCAUCAUCAUCAUCAGAUGAAGGUGAAAGGGACUGGCGUGAAAAGAAGCUAAUUGUCAACGAGUCCAGCCUCAUGUCAUUAUUCAAAUUUUGCCAGAUGUGCGGGAAACCAAUUUCAUCCAAGACUAUUGUUGAUGUUGGUGCACAGAGGAAGGUGCAGUGGAUAUGUCUUGGUGGCCAUGCUGGGACCUGGAAAUCUUCACGUGACGUUAGGGGAAUGCCAGAGGUGAACCUCCUUGCAGCAGCAGCUGUUCUGUUCAGAGGGGGCACAUACACCGAACUCUCAGACUGGUGCAAGACCAUGGGUGUUCAAAUGAUUGGACAUUCAACAUUUUAUAACAUCCAGAAGAUAUACUUGCACCCUGUUAUUGAGGAACUGUAUUGUCAAAAAAGAGAUGAACUCUUGGCAAGAGUGUAUUUAGAACAGGAGGAUGGAAAGAGGUUACAUUUGACCGGUGAUGGCCGAUGUGAUACGCCGGGUUUCAGCGCAAAAUACUGCCACUACACGUUUAUGUUGGAUGACACAAAGGAGAUACUCCACACAGAACUGGUUCAGGUUACUGAGGCCACCAGCUCUGUUACCAUGGAACCACUAGGUUUCAAAAGGGGCAUGACUGAGCUGAUGGACCAAGGACUUGACGUGGAGGUGAUGGCCACAGAUCGCUCAACAUCUAUUCAAAAAAUAAUGAGGGAAGAAUUUCCUAAUGUCCAACAUCAGUUUGACAUCUGGCACACAGCAAAAGGUUUCCGGAAGAAGAUGCAAAGUAAGGGGAAGAAAAAGGCCAAUGAAAUCAUCCAUGCAUGGACCAGGUCUGUCGUAAACCAUAUGUGGUUUGCCUGUGCGACAAGUAUGGGUGACGUCAAUGCAUUGAAAUGCCGGUGGAAGUCCAUUACACACCACGUAUGUAACGUGCAUGAGUGGACAGAUGAAAACGGAGAACAGCAUCGCUGUGACCAUGCUCCUCUAACAACCCAGGAGCAAAAGAAGCGCAUGUGGAUGAAAAAAGAUUCUCUGGCAUUUCAGAACCUGUCAUCGCUGGUCCUUGACAAAAGGCUUCUGAAGGACAUGGACAAGAUGGCACUGUUCAAACAUACAGGCCCACUUGAAGUCUUCCACAGUGCACUUCUAAAAUACCUACCCAAACGCCAGGCAUUCUCAUUUCAGGGAAUGAGGGAGCGAUGUCACCUUGCCAUCCUAGAGCAUAAUGAGAAUAUUGUCAAGAGGAAGCAGGACACAACCAAGACAGGACAACCACGGUUUAAUCAAGUCUACUGUAAGAGAUCCAAACAGUGGGUCUUGAAGAAAGUCUUCACACCACACACCACAGAGUUUAUAGACACACUCAUCAAGAAGGUCAUGGAUAGAAGACGCAACCCAAACAUUCAGUUUACCAUGCCAACCUCCUCACUUGCCCUGCCACAGCCUUCACUGCCACCCAAUAUUGCACCCGUGCCCAAACCACCAAAGGAGGCUGCAAUAAGUUCUUUCCAAAGCCGCUUCUAAGAUGGAGAACCAAAAAUGUCUAUCUUAUUUAUUUUUAACAUGUGCCUUUUGACUAUGGUGGCAGAAUAAUUUUUGUGUGUGAAUAUUAUUAAAACAAAUUUUCUUACACUUCUUGUGUACAUUAAUUUCUAAAAUAUUGACUUGUAGAGGUAGGGUGAAUGGUUACUGUCAAUGAU